CACGAAUAAAUAGUUAUAGCACAAACUGUAUGAAAACUCUGAGUGACAGCGAUAUUAGCUGUAGCAAGAGCAACCGAAGCAGCAGUAGCCUAAGUAAAGCAAUGAACAGUGGAGAAGUUGCUCAACAUGACAUCAUAACAAUGAGCACUUUGAAAAGGGAGCAGCCACAGACAAAUGAAUGCACAAAUCACAGCAAUAUAAGCGUCGACAAGAUGCAGUCGCCGAAAACAAUUAGUGAAAUACCGGCUACAGCAACAAAAUCAACCGGAUUUAGUGCGGCAAUACAAAGGCUUAUAACACCAGCACCGGAUUACAAGUAUGGGAGCGAUGAAGCGCAUUGUUCGGCAGGCAGGCCAUUGAAUGUAAAAAUUUCAAAGGACUCAAAGGUUGAAUACGAGUUUGCUGAAACCCGCAAUGCAACGCUUUCGAAUACGACGAUUGCUACACCAAGUGGCAUCAUUCAACCCUCUCAACACAAAAAUGUCCCCCCGCUGACAGUCACUACGUCCAAAUCGUUGGCACAUGAUCACCAAAGACAAAUUAAAUCACUAAAUAUACGUUUUGAGAAUAUUUGCUACGGUGUUAAGACUGGAUUCUACAAAAGAGAUACUACCACACAAAUUUUUAAAGUCCGAUCACUGGUGCAGUAGUAAACAGGUGAAAGUGAUCACAGUGCAAGCGAACACGAAGACGAAGAUGGAAGACAUUGCGGAAGCAGUAAGCUUGAAACUGUGCGGUACUGUUCUCAAAGCGAAUCGCUUGCUGUGAUGAGUUGUUUAUAUUUUAUUUAAUUGUUUACAAUUGUGAAAAAACGCGUUUUUCAAGAAACGGCCAAAUUUUUGACAAAAUUUAAUCAAACGUAUUAAUUGACAAUCUUGUCCGUCUUGCCGUAAUACAUAAUACAAGUGGCGAAAUUCUCCAAAAGUUUUCCUACACAAAUUUAUUUCAUGAAUUGGUUUUAUUUAGAAACAAAUCUUCAUGUCAUUCAUGAUUCAACAACUACAGGUUGUAGCAAUCGUACAAAACCAACAUUUACCGUUGGUAUGAUCUCCUUGUG